AUGAAGGCUCGCCUGCCUCUUCCCACGGUGUGGUGUGCUCAGUUGCAUCCCCUGACACUAGGGGGUGUAAUGAAGCUGUGUCUGUGUGAGCUGUGGCUUCUACUGAUGGGCUGUGGUUUAUUUGCCAAAGUUCUGCCGCAGGAAGAGGAUGUAGACUUUAUCAAUGAGUAUGUGACUCUCCAUAAUAGUCUCCGAGGCUCCGUCUUCCCUGCAGGAGCUAACCUGCGCUUCAUGACAUGGGAUGUAGCUUUAUCGCGUACUGCUAGAGCCUGGGGGAAAAAGUGUUUGUAUCAACGUAACACUCAUUUAGAUAAAGUGCAUGAAGCCCAUCCCAUAUUUAAUGGUAUUGGUGAAAACAUGUGGGUUGGUCCUGAAAAUGAAUUUACUACGAGUGGUGCUAUCACAAGUUGGCAUGAAGAAAGGAAAAGUUAUAAUUUUCAAAAUGACACUUGCGUUGAUGAUGAUGACUGUUCUCACUAUAUUCAGCUUGUUUGGGACAGCUCCUACAAAGUUGGUUGUGCUGUAACUCCCUGUUCAAGCGUUGGAAAUAUCAGAUAUGCAGCACUCUUCAUAUGCAACUAUGCGCCAGGAGGAACCCUGACAAGGAGGCCUUAUCAAGCGGGGCCGUCAUGUACUCGGUGUAGCGCUAAGGACAAAUGCACAGACUUCCUAUGCAGUAAGUGA